CUGCUUUUGACACGUGUUUCUAAAGAUGGCAGCUUGCGUGCGUGCAUAACAGCAUAGUGCUUUUAGAGCUCCUUAAUGUUUCAUAGUGAAGAACACUGACUGAAUAACAAGGAGAUUUUACAUUACAGGACAAAAUGACAGACGUUGCUCUUGACAAGACUGAUCCAGCUGGUUCAUUACCCAGCACAGAGAAAGAACCAGAUGACGUAAUAGAAGAGAAAACCCAAGAGAAUCCGCCAGCAACCGCAGCAGAAGGAGAGGGUGCAGCAGGUGGUGUGUACCGUUACAUCAAAGGAGAUCUCUUCACCUCGGAGAUCUUUAAAGUUGAGAUUCAAAACUUGCCCAAGUACAUUGGUUUUAAUGACCUGAAGAAGUUCCUCAACAAGCAUGGGAUCAAUCCUCACAAAAUCAAGCUGUUUAGCAAACAGAUGUUUGCCUUUGUCACUUUUAAGAAUCAGGAGGAAAGGGACAAGGCCAUGAAGGCAGUGCACGGCAUGCAGUGGAAGAGUAAAGUGCUGAGUGUACGGCUGGCCAAGCCCAAAGCUGAUCCCAUCCUCAAGAAGAGGAAACAAGAGGAGGAAGCGGAAGGUGGACAGCCUGGUGCAAAACGUGCAGCCGGUAGCCAGGAGGGAGAGGAGGAUGAAGAAGAGCCUCUCAAUAUCCAGAUUGCCAAUGCUGUGACACCCUUGUGGAACGUGCCUUAUGAAGAACAGCUGAAAAGGAAAGAGAAAGAAGUUGAAGGUGUUCUCCAGAAACUGACCAGAGAAAUUGGCAACAACAACAAAGCCAUGCUUCCCUGGUUGUUUGUUCAAAAAGAGAAGUACAACAAAAUAUGCUGCCCACUCGAGGCCAUACGACCAUCACCUGUGCAGACGGAGUACAGGAAUAAGUGUGAGUUUGUGAUUGGAGUGGGAGCAGAUGGAGAGGAUAAGACAGUGGGCUUUCGUUUAGGCAAGUAUAAAGGAGGAUCCUGUGCAGUAGUGAGUCCAUCAGAAACCACCCAUGUAUCUUCUGAGGCCAAGAGGGUUGUGCAGGGCUUCCAGCAGUUCAUCAGGACAACUCCCUAUGCAGUAUACAGUCCAGAGACUUAUGAGGGUCAUUGGCGGCAGCUAACAGUCCGAACAAGCAGGAUAAAGCAAACAAUGGCCAUUGUUUUCUUCAAUCCACAGAAACUCCAAGAAGAAGAAAUUGAGGAACUGAAACAAAACCUGCGUCAGUAUUUUACUGAAGGAGAAGGAAAAGAAAGUGCCAUCACUUCAUUGUAUUUUGUGAGAAUGGGACAAAGGACAUCUGCGGGUACAGAGGACCUGCCAUGUGAACACGUGACUGGAGAAGAAUGGAUUCACGAAGAGCUUCUUGGACUAAAAUUCCGUAUCUCUCCACACUCAUUCUUUCAGACGAACACCCCUGCUGCUGAGGUUCUGUACUCUGCUGUGGGUGAAUGGGCACAGCUGGACCAGGACAGCACUGUGCUGGAUGUGUGUUGUGGAACAGGAACCAUCGGCAUCUCGCUGGCAAAGAGAGUGAAGAAGGUGAUUGGCAUAGAGUUGUGCCAGGAGGCAGUGGAUGAUGCUAAGGCUAACGCUGAAGCUAACGGGUUGACCAAUGUGGAAUUCCACUGUGGAAAGGCUGAAGAUGUGUUCCCCACUGUUCUUAAUGCUGUUGUGUCCCCCAACGUCACAGCAAUCGUUGACCCUCCGAGAGCAGGGCUACAUUCCAAAGUUAUUCUAGCAAUCAGAAGAGCAGAGCAUCUGAAGAGACUCAUCUACGUCGCCUGCAAUGCCAAAGCAGCGAUGAACAAUUUUAUUGAUCUCUGCAGAGCUGUUUCUAACCGUGUGCGAGGAGCCCCUUUCCGUCCAGUGAGAGCUAUGGCUGUUGACCUCUUCCCCCAGACCAUGCACUGUGAAACCAUCCUGCUGUUUGAAAGAGUGGACUACAGCUGACACUCAAACCACAGAAACCUGAAGCUCUGUUAUCUUCAUCAUCUAUUAUGCCAGCACGGCUGUUUCUCUUUCAUUUAAACACAUUGAGUGAAAUUCAAAUGUUCACUUUUUCUUAGAAGUUCAACUGACUUCAAAGUGCUCAAACCAUUACCACAUUUUUGUACAGGUUUCUUUUUUUUC